AUGCACAGAGACGCCUGGCUACCUCGCCCGUCCUUCUGUUUCACUGGGCUCAGUCUGUUUUUCUCUCUGGUGCCAUCAGCGUCAAGCAUGGAGGUCACCGUUCCCCUGAAUCUCAAUGUCCUUAAUGGCACUACUGUCCGCCUAGCCUGCACCUUUAACUCUUGCUACACAGUGAACAAUAAACAAUUCUCCCUGAAUUGGACCUACCAAGAGUGUGGGAACUGCACUGAGGAGAUGUUUCUCCAAUUCCGGAUGAAAAUCAUUAACCUGAAACCAAAUCGUUUUGGGGAUCGAGUUGAAUUCACAGGGAAUCCCAGCAAGUAUGAUGUGUCUGUGACUCUGAAUAAUGUACAGUUGGAAGAUGAGGGCACUUACAACUGCUAUGUCAUGAACCCACCUGACCGUCACCGAGGUCAAGGCAAAAUCUACCUACAGGUCCUAACACAAGUGCCCCCUGAACGUGACUCAACGGUAGCUGUGAUCGUGGGUGCCUCAGUGGGUGGUUUCUUGGCUGUUGUCAUCCUGGCACUGAUGGUGGUCAAAUGUGUGAGGAGGAAACAGGAGCAGAAGCUGAACGCAGAUGACCUGAAGACAGAAGAGGAGUGUAAGACAGAUGGGGAGGGCAACCCAGAAGAUGGUACCAAGUAA